CCUAGGCCUCUCUCUCACACCCAACAUGUCGAAUCGACAGCUGGGCCCUCUCCGGUCACUGCUGUAUCUCGCGCCAGUUCUCAUUCUGUGUCCAAUUAUUGGCUAUCGGCAUCACACUACACUACCGGAACCUGUAACAGAGCUGAUAAACAACCAGACCAACCUACCGCAAAUCUGUGAAGCCAAUAUUCUAGAGUACUCUAGGGUAUUAUCGGAGGAUAUUGGUUAUCGAACCGUUGGAACUGCAGAACACGCAAAGGCCGACCUAUGGAUGCACCAGACGAUCAAAGAUAUUAAGAACGAGUGUGACCGCAUUGUGAAGGAAAGUGGCCAUAGAAAGCUGGAAUGCGAAAUAUGGAGACAAGAAGGGAGCGGCAGCCACAGGUUCGACAUAAUGAAUACGCGGCUUUACAAAACCUAUGUUUCCCUCAGCAACUUCAUUGUUCGCGUUUCUGAUGGUACCGAUGAGGGCAAGAAACAUGCCGUGCUUGUUAAUUCCCAUCUCGACAGUCAACUACCUGGUCCUGGGGCUGCCGAUGAUGCCAUUUCUGUGGGAAUCAUGCUAGAUGCUAUCAGAGUGCUUUUAGGAACUCCUGAUUGGAGUCCAAAACAUUCAAUAAUCUUUUUGUUCAAUCACGCUGAGGAAUCCCUUCAAGAUGGUUCACACAUGUUUUCAACUCAGCAUACGAUUGCUUCGUCUGUACGCGCCGUAAUCAAUCUCGAAGCCGCCGGAACUACGGGACGCGAAAUCCUUUUCCAGGCUACUUCGAAGGAGAUGAUUGAAGCAUAUUCCCAUGUCCCAAGACCCUUUGGCACCAUCUUCGCGAGUGAUAUCUUCGGGAGUGGGAUAAUCAUGUCAGACACCGAUUUCCGACAGUUCCAAGAUUAUCUUAACGUCACUGGUCUAGACAUGGCGAUCGUAGGUAAUUCAUACCUAUACCACAUGCGCAAAGACCUUGUGGAAAACAUCGAGCCGGGCGUCGGUCAACACAUGGGUGAAAAUACUCUGGCCUUAUUGUUACACCUGUCGGGUCAUGCAAGUCCUCUUCCUCAUUUGACAGAAGGCUAUAGCAAGCCUGAAAUGGUGUAUUUCAGCCACGUGGUACCGUAUUUCUUCAUAUACUCGUUUAGGACGGCCAAGAUCAUCUACGCUGUAUUCCUGAUUGUGACGGUGGCACUGAUACGCUUCCGAAAUCCUGUCCCUGCAAAGACCUUGGCCUUGAGCAUUUUGGCAACGGGUUUUGCCUUUGUGGGUGCGCUGGUGGGUGCAAAUGCUGUAGCACUUGUCAUGACCCAUGUAUUGGGCAAAAGCAUGAGCUGGUUCAAAGACGAGCUAUCAACGAUUGUACUUUACGGACCAGCUGCAAUUCUCGGCACUCUUGUCUCGCAGCUGCUGUUCCCUCCCCUGCCAGAGACUGCUGUAUACUCUUCCGUGUUGUUCGUUCAAGCGGUAGCUGCAUUCGGUCUGCAACUUUUGGGCUUGGGUUCGGCGUCCCUGUUCUUUAUCACGGCCCUUCCCUUGGUCGUUGCCUACGCUCUUAAUCCGUUAUUCAUCAGUUUCACUGGGGAGAAGGGAAUCUCCACAUUGACAUAUGCCUUCGGCUCAUUUAUACCUCUCAUCACAGGCACUCUCGUCAUAGUGCCGACCAUAGAAGUCUUCGUCCCGCUGACAGGCCGCAUGUCUGCGUCGGCUCCAGCGGACCAUCUCAUCGCAACCAUCGUCACCGUCGUUGGCUCGGUUGCAUUUCCUCUCCUUGCACCGUUCUCUCACCGAUUCGGCCAAGGUUAUCUGAAGCAGUUUGUAGUAGUCCUGCUGGUUGUGAACGUGGCGUUGAUCGCCGUAUUCGCUCAGAGAGAUGUGUACGAUGACAUGCAUCAAAGGAGAGUAUUUGUUCUACGAGUGGAAAACGUAACUACCCAUGAACAUCAUCUGCAUCUGGCCGCGUCAGAUGGCGCGCCUGGUUUCCCCGACCUUGUCCAUGCUGUUGCUGGUGAUUUCGGAGCGCCGGGCGCGAUCGCACAAAGUGUUGUAAUGGACUAUUACAACGGGGAUUGGGACCCGCUGUAUCCUUUUUCCGCCUUUCUCACACCAUUCAAAGUUGCCCUUCCCCCUACCACGCAAGGUUUCCUGGAUAGUGGCGGUGAGUUCGAGGUCAAGGCUGUAAGCGACGCAAGAGAUCUUGUCGCUGGUACCAGGAAGGUUACAUUGAGAAUCUAUCAUCCGGGACUCAUUUGGACCGUCAUUGCAUUUGAUGCGCAUGUUCUCGAAUGGAAUUUGGACGACAAUCCUCCGGAUAAGCACACAAGGCAUCACAUCAAGGAGGCCUCAUUCUACGGACAAGAUACAUGGGAAGUGGCGAUGGUGAUCAAGGAUGCUCCAAUACAGGUGAAUUAUAUAGGGCUGUUGGAGAAAGCGAUGUGGCCUGGCAAGCGAGCAACAAAGGGGGAAGGCGGGGCGUCGAUGGAGCUUUUUGAGCAACUAGACACAUGGCUGGACAAAAAGACCGGCGGUAAGGUCGAUGCGACGCUAAUAGGUGGUGUGGCUGGGGUGGUGACACUCUGACCUUUGGAAUGUAUGGUCAGAUAGAGUACGUGGAAGGGAUUGUAGAAACAUGUUCAUCCCUUGUAUAAUCAAAUAAUCAUGCUAUGGCGUUACUUAGAGUGCAGACGGCGG